AUCGCAACUACCUUUAUCGAUUAUAUAUACACAGGACAACUUGAAGUCAACGAAGCGAAUGCGGCUGGGCUGAUUGUGCUGUCACAACAGCUCGUAAUGCCUCACGUGGAAGAAUGGGCAGUGCAUUUUAUGGCCGCCAGGCUGGAUUCUGAAAACAUAAAAAAGCGCUGGGACCUGUCAGAUUUGUUGAAAAGUGACCAUUUGAGAAACGCCUGCCUGGAAUACAUAAAGAAGACAUUUGAGGCCAUCGCUGUGAGUGAUUUAUUCAUACAGCUACCAUCUGACGUCGUCCUGUCCCUGUUCCGGGCAGACGACCUUCAGGUGGACAGCGAAGAGACUGUCCUCAAGGCGAUUGGAAGGUGGGUCAGUCCACUCGGUGAAGUGGAUGAAACACGAGUGGUGCACGCGGCAGCUAUGAUGAAGGAGAUGCGGUGGUAUCAGGUUGACGCCGACUUUCGAUACCAGCUAGAUGAUGAGGAUGGCUUUUGGAAUACAAAUAUGGAAUGUCUACGACUUCUAGGUCAAAUAACCAAAUGGAUUGACAUUCCAUCCUCGAGGGGCGAUAAACGAUGUCCCUUUAAUGAGAGGCGCAGAGAGAAAUUAGGUCACUCAGCGGAUAGUGACUGCCUAUUGAAUGCGCACCGCUCGAAUCCCCUGGAGGAAGUCUGUCUGCAGGGUACGUCAGCGAACGGAGACCAACGUUUGCUGACCCGGUACGAUGGUGACACACAGACGUCGCGGAGGAGCAGUCACCAAUUGGCUGACUCAGCGGAAAGUGACUGCUUAUUGAAUGUGCACCGCCGAAAUCCACUGGAGAAAAUCUGUCUGCUGAGUACGUCCGCAAACCGUAGACAAUGUUUACUGACCCUGUAUGAUGCUGACGAAAACACUUCGCAGCACCUGAUGGACACAACGACGAACGCAUCCUUUGUGGCCAUUGAGGGUUAG